GAAAAAAAUAAAGAUGAGUUCUCCUUCCCCUUCACGCACAUACCAAAUAGCUAUGUAUCCUUGGUUUGCACUUGGCCACCAAAUCGCAUUCAUCCGCCUGGCAAACAAAAUAGCCACCAAAGGUCACAAAAUCUGGUUCUUCACACCUAAAAGCUCACAAGUCAUGAUUGAGCAUUUCAACCAUCACCCACAUCUCAUUGUCUUCACUCCGGUUGCUGUCCCGCACGUUCCAGGACUCCCUCCGGGAGCGGAGACCACCGCAGACGUCCCCUUCUCUACAUCUCAUCUCAUCAUGGAAGCCAUGGAUAUGACACAAGAAAAGAUUGAGAAUGAUCUCUUGAAUCUCAAAGUCGAUAUUGUGUUAUUUGAUUUUACCCACUGGAUACCCAAAAUGGCCCGUAGAAACGGCAUGCGGUCCGUGUUCUACAGCACCAUUAGUCCUGUGAUGCAUGGCUAUGCUAUUUCCCCUGAACGCAUAGUUCAUGGGAGAGAAUUAACCGAGACUGGCAUGAUGAAAGCUCCGGUUAGUUUUCCAGAUCAAUCCAUUACGCUACAUGCCCACGAGGCACGUGGCUUCACAGCGAGAACCACCAUGAAGUUCGGCGGCGAUAUCACUUUCUUCGAUCGGAUCUUGACCGGUGUAACUGAUUGUGAUGCUAUAGCGUACAGUACAUGCCGUGAGCUUGAAGGGACAUUCUGUGACUACAUAGAAUCCCAGUUCAAAAAACCAAUCUUGCUCGCUGGUCCGGUCCUGCCGGUGUCCCCAAACGCCACCUUAGAGGAAAAAUGGUCGGACUGGCUUGGGCAAUUCAAGAAAGGCUCCGUUAUAUAUUGUGCAUUCGGGAGCGAAUGCAUUCUGGAGAAGGAUCAAUUCGAGGAACUGCUAUGGGGCCUUGAGCUUACCAGAAUGCCGUUCUUUUGUGCACUUAAAACGCCAUUCGGUGCAGACUCAAUUGAAGACGCCAUUCCAAAUGAACUAAAAACAAAACUACAAGGAAGAGGGAUAAUAUGGGGGAGAUGGGUUGAACAACAACUAUUUCUUCAGCACCCUUCAGUGGGAUGCUUCGUGACUCACUGUGGGUGGGCAUCGCUGUCAGAAGCACUGGUGAAUGAGUGUCAACUUGUGUUAUUACCGCAUGUAGGAGAUCAAAUCAUCAAUGCUAGGAUUAUGAGUUUGAGUCUGAGAGUUGGGGUGGAGGUGGAGAAAGGGGAAGAGGACGGGCUAUUCACGAGAGAGGGUGUGUGCAAGGCGGUGAGAAGUGUGAUAGAUGAGGAGAGUAUUACAGGAAGAGAAACUAGAGCUAACCAUGACAAGUUGAGGGAGUUACUGUUGAACAAAGGUCUUGAGUCAAAAUACAUUGACCUUUUCAAUGAGAAACUGUUAUGUAGGAUUUGAUGACGUAUAUAUUCAAGAUUCUACGUUGAAUUCUAAAAUGGUUUACUUGUAUUCAAAAACGCGCUCCAGCAAUCAAGGAUGACAAUGUUGUGAAAAAGAAGGUGGCAAUGUGGAAUCAACACUAGCUCCUUCCAACCAAGUCAAAAGUAGUGCAAAAAAUGAGAAAGACAGUGAACCACAUUCUGAAGGCACUGGUUCAGAUGAGGAGGAGGAUGCUCGUGUGAAGAAGGCUCCCCUUAGUGCAUAUGCUCCUAUAGAAGUAGAUGAAACUAGUAAAUAAGAAGAUGAAGAAAGUUAUGAUGAAAGUGUAUGAUCUUUUUAUGAUAAAUGUAUGUGGUUAAAAUAUUGGUGUUAACGAAAGAGAAGAGUGAAUUGUAUUAUGGAAC